GCGCGUCAAAUGUCUUUCGGCUCGUAUCGCCCUCUGUCCCGUGUGCUCGCCCGUCGCUCGAAUCGGCGCGAAACCGUCGCGAGAACCGUCGCGAGAUCUUCGCGAAAUCGUCGUGAGCCGUCCACUCGUCCGGUACCGUCGUUUCAGCGAUUCGCCGACAACGAGCGGCUCGGAGAGCGAGCGGUAAUCCGCUUUCGGAGGGGAUGAACGCGAUAAGGCCGGCCGAUCGAUGAGGCGCGGCAGCUCCGUGGACACGAUACACCGUGGAAAUAGUGCAGGAGGCCAUCCAUCCUCGAGAUCUUCUUUCGGCGUUUUCGGACGCCAGUAAUGAACGGCGGUGGGCUGUCGAUGCACCUGUUGCAUCCGGGACCGUUUCUUUCGCGAUAUUUAACGCGUUGACAGCCGCGUCGUCGUGUCUUGCUAACAGUGCCGUUCGAGAAUUCGGUCUGCUAGGAUAGUUCGAAAUCCGAGCAAAUUGCUCGAUCGAGUUCUCGCGGUCGCAGAAUCGGCGGCCCGAGAAUGCCUGAACCGUAUCGCAGGAUCUAGAGACGGGCCGUGAACGUGGGACGAGUGAUCAUGCCGGAUCGCGGCAUGGGUUCGGCUUUGAACUCUGAUCGCGGAAGAUGAAAUGGACGAUUUAACCCGGAGUCCGGACGGCUGUGAAUGUGAAAAAGACAGAGAAAACGAGUGCGCGCGUGGGAGGGGGAGAUGAACAGCGCGGAGAACUCGACGGAGACGCGAAUAUGCCUUCUGCAGGAGGACUUGGAGGAUCCUCGGACCUCGUCGCUGAGGAGGAUCAGCUACGGCAUUAUCCUGCCCGCAAUCUGUUGCUUGGGAAUCGUCGGGAACAUAUUGAACCUGGUCGUGCUCACCAGACGCAACAUGCGGGGAACCGCUUACAUCUACAUGAGAGGAUACUCGACGGCGGCGCUCCUCGCGAUCUUAUUUUGCAUCCCGUUCGCCCUCCGAGUUCUUAUUCACAAAGAGGCGGGCCGGUGGAGCAAUUGGGCGCAGGCCUUCUACCACGCUCACCUCGAGCUGUUUCUGGGCAACGGAUGCUUGGGGGUCGGAGUGAUGAUGCUUCUAGCGCUGACGGUUGAACGUUACGUGAGCGUCUGCCAUCCGGGCCAACAUACUCGUCCACUCUGCGGUCCUCCGCAUCUGACAGUGGUGCUGAUCCCGCUGGCAACGUUUCUGGUCUAUCUGCCGAGCGCGUUCCGCGGAGAGAUUACCACGUGCCUCCUAGGACCCGCCGGACCCAUCAUCUACCAGAAGAGGGAGAACCAGACGUUCCUCGACUCGCUGUUCUACCAUAUCUACAAGGUCGCGCUGGAGGUGGUGUUCAAAGUGGCGCCGACGAUCCUGCUAGCAGGCUUCAAUCUGCGCAUAAUGAUAGUCUACAGAAGGUCCUGCGAUCGACGCAGACGGAUGACGCUGUCGAGAACCGUCAGCAACGAGGAGGACCCGAGAACGUUCGCGGAGGAGCGAAGACUCGUGCUCCUGCUGGGCAGCACCAGCAUCCUGUUCCUGGUUUGCGUCAGCCCGAUGGUGAUCUUGAACGUCACGUUGCGGGAGAGCAAUCUCAGCCACUACCCCUACCAGGUGUUCCGAGCGCUGGCUAACUUGCUCGAGCUGAUCAAUUACUCGAUCACGUUCUACAUCUACUGUCUGUUCUCGAAGGAUUUCCGGAACACCCUGUUCCGGACGUUGCAGUGGCCCUGGGGACACAACAGCCACGGCGGAAGGGGUCUGCCGAUGAAACGGUCUCCCCUGCCAAGGCCGACCACCACGACCACCAACUCGCCGCCGACGAUCGUCGCGACCCCCGGUCGCUUCACCAGAGCCAGCGUUUAGGCGAAUCGGGGAAGAGAGUCUCCAGAGGAUCUGGAGGCUCGCUUCUUCGGGAGGCCGAUCUUCCGAUUUCCGACGCAGGCGACUCGGCCGCAAACGAGCCAACGGAUACUCUGCUCUUCGUGUUCCAAAGCUGCCACUGCGAGAACCGUCGCGACGGAAUUUCGCAGUUCCGCAAUUUCGUUCGUCCUCCACGCAGCUCGAAGAAACAUCUCUCGACCCGACAGCGACGCCAUCGUUCCGAAUUCUCGCUUGCUUUUCAGCCCCGCUGAAGAGCACACGGUUCCGUUCUCGUCGAGCAUCGAAACACAUCGCCCUGCGCGUUUAACCGGCACGAUUCCAUCUCGAACCGCCGUUGAAUCGCCUCCCCUAACGGCGACGCGCCCGGAAUCUCGACGAUUUUCCGCGUAAUUGUCUCCUCGCGGAAUCUGAUAUUUCACGCGAACGCGCUUUUUUUCCCUCCAUUUUCGCGUCGCCCGCAUCGAUCGUACAGCUGCGAGCACUUCGCCGGGGACACGUUUUAACCCUUUCAUCGGGUAACCGACGUUCGAAAUUUUCGACCGCGUUCACGUUCGAACAGCGACGAAACGCGCGAGGUACAACGAACGGAAGCUAUCAUGGGGAAAAAGGAGCACGUUUUUCGGUCCGCGUCGGAGAGAACGCAGCGAACAGACUGCGGAUUACAAAAACGGGCACACGCAAUUACGAGGCAGAAGAAAUAAUCGAGCAGAACACGGACGGGAAUCGACGCAUCAAUAUCAGUCUAUUAAAAUUAUUAAUUUUCGCUGCCCGUACACACCGGCGUGUAAUUACGCUCCAUGCAUUUUCCAUGGAGAAUGCAGAGGGGAGAAUUUUAGCUGCGUAAAUAUUUGCGUAACUCCGUUGAUUUUCUCCCGGCGGGCGUGCGAAGAUUAAUGAAUUCGAAUCGGGGUAAAUAAAAGAAGAGAGCGUUUGCGCGACGAUGAGGCGAGGAUUAAAGAAACAGAGAAAUCGCUAAGUGGCUCUUGUUUCUUGCUGUGGAUGCGAUCGUCUUGCACGAAGAUCCACGGUCGAGUGGUUAGCAGUUUAACACACCGAUACUCUCUUCCUAUAAUGAACAAUAAGAAUUCAGCGCGGCUGGAUACCGAUUGAAGAAUCGAUCGGUUACCGAUUCUAAAACGAUUGUAAAAAGCGUCGAUGUAAGCUCGUUGCGUAAAAAUCGAUCGUCCAUUGUAUCGCGUUGCGGCCGUUAUCAUUGCAAUCGCUAUUAUUUGCCUAGUCAGCGACGAGCGUCUAACGAUUCGCAAUUUGUCGGCCGGAAACACGGGUAGCGCGGGCCGUUUUGGCAGCGUACGGACACGAGAGCGGGCUCGUUUCUCUCGGCUGUACACGAGGCCGCGGAACAAGUGGACUGACAGUGCCAGGAAUAUAGAUGCGAAAGGUAGCGUCGACGCGUCGACGGAGAGAAAUUAGAAUGCCGAUUCCAAUGAAAUAGUUCCGAGCCUCCCCCCCCGGUAUUCCGCGGACGGCAUACUUUCCGCGCGCUCCACCGCGAGCAUUUCCGCCCACCCGCCCCGGAGAAAUUCGAAUUAACGCGCACCGCGUCUUCGCUUUUCCAUAUUCCGUGAAUUAAAGCGAUCCGCGUGGGCGGCGCCGAGACGUUUCGCCCGCAUUACACGGCUGCUGGCACUGUCUAAUGCGAAUUGUAAUCUGCGACAUCCGGCGGCCGAUCUUCGCGGAGCAUUUGGAACGCGGGUCCGCGAAAGGAAUCGCCGAAACAAUUAGGAAAAUGGGCGCGCGUUCAAUUUAUCUUUUAAGCCUGAACAGAACCUCCGAGGGUUUUUCACGCGGUAUUUCAUUUCGCGGAGAAUACGGCGUCGCCGAUGUGGGCGCAUCGACCCCUUUGAUAGAAUUUUUCGCGGCCGUUAACAAUAGCUGCGAGCUGAAUAAUUUAACAAUCGCGUAUAUUAUACCGUUCUGGAAGCGUUCCCCUAUAUGUUUUAAGCCUAAGCAGAACUUCCUGCCGUGUCUAGUUUCCACGCGACACCGCGGAUAAAUAACUCAUUGCCGCGGGGGCUCGCGCGUUUUUUUCGCGAACCGAGCACGAUAAAUUAUUUUCUGCCGCGGGAUUUCUGUCGCGAGCCGUUCUAUAUCCUCCAGCGGAUGUCGCAGAUUGAUAUCAGAUUGUUCGACAGAUCGUCGGACAGUGCGUGAUCGCGUAAUCGCGCGCAGAGCGGCGCGCGAGACAUAAGUGUUCGCAAUUGUUGCGAGAUCGCGGUGCGAAAUGCAGCGGCGCGUGUGAAGCUUGCAGCAAACGUGUCGCUGGCGCACGACGAACUAGCGUUAAGUUACUCACUUCGUUCGUGUACAAAUGUAUUCGUGACGCAGGGAAACCGAUUUAAUAAAGGCCAUUUAUUAAAUUUCCCCGAAA